AUGCCUGCAACACAGAAGAAGUCCAAAAAGACGCAUCUCCAGCUUUUGGCUGAGCAUAUGACCCAACUGCAGCAGGAGAUCAGCUCAUUACAGCAUGAGAUGACACAAAAAAAGCCUCAUUGUGGGACAGACUCACUGCCCAAGCCCAAACAAUUGAUCCCAAAGCCACCUGGGACUGCUGGUAAGCGUAAUGGAUACUCAGUGCAGCAUGCAAUGGGUCUAGGGAAUGAUAAGCGGCAAAACAUGUCUGAAACACAUUUGGACCUUAACAAGACACACCACGGACAGGACAAUAAUGAGAUCUGCAUUGUUGUAGUGAAGGUACAGAAAAAACACCUGAUUUUACUCAAGUUUGCGAAUCCCCAGGAUUAUGACAGCGGGGAGAAUGAGGACAAUGACAUGGACACCAACAAUGAUGCGGACACUGACAAUGAUGCGGACACCGACAAUGACACUGACAAUGAUGUGAAUGCAGAUGUGGACGAUGAUGCAAACAUGGACAAUAAUGCAAAUGUGGACAUGAACAAUGACGUGGAUGCAAAUGAUGAUGCGGACAAUGACAUGGACAAUGAUGUGGAUGCAAACGAUGAUGCAGACAAUGACAUGAAUAAUGAUGCAGAUGAUGAUGCAGACAAUGACACGAAUGUGGACACAGACAAUGAAGUGGAUGUGGAUGAUGAUGCAGACAAUGAUGCAGACACGAACAAGGACCAGGAUGAAGACCAGGAUAAAACCCUGACUAACGACGGUGUUCAGGACCAGGGCACAGCCAACAGGAGGCCAGCAACCAGGAACAAGGCCACAAGCAGGUGGAGAUCAAAACGAAAGACGGUCACAUCAUCAGACAUCAAGGAAGCCGAACCUAUUCAACCCCCACCUCAAAAGAGCAGGUAA